GUCCGAUUGCCGAUGACGCACCUACGACGGCGGGAAUUCCCCGUUCAACAUCUAACGACCCUCUCUCCAUCCCAGACGAUUUCCUCUCAUCAACUAUCCUUCUUUAUAUAGAACUAGAUGUGAACUCGACGGAUGAGAAGUGAUGCCAUCUCCUCGUGUGAGGACCUUUACUCCAUUCAUUCUCAAUGCUUCCUGGCAGCCAUCAAUCCACCGGACUCGAGCGUUCACGGGUUCAUUUUCAACGAAGUCAGCCCUAUAUGCAACCAGUCGCGAACCAACAUUAUACGAGAUUCUCGAGGUGCCGGUGACGGCGUCAGCAGCAGAGAUUAAAAAAAAAUUCUACUCCCUCUCCCUCCAUCAUCACCCAGACCGCAAUCCCGGUGACCCGAAAGCCGCCUCCCGCUUCGCGCGUAUCUCCUCAGCCUACCACGUCCUAAGCAACAGCGCCAAACGCUCCGCCUACGAUCGUGAACACGGCAUCUACGCCCAACAUGGCUCCUCGACACACAGCACCGCAAACCCAGGCCAACACCCGAUGGGUAGCCACAGCAGCUACGGCGCAAAUCUCCAUACCAAGGGCGCCUCCUACGCGGGGUCCAGACCGGCCAGCGGCCUAAGCAAACGGCGCGGGCCCUUCCGUGGUCCGCCUCCGUCAUUCUACGCGCACGGCGGGUACGGGAGUAGCAGACGGCCGCCUCCAGGCGGUGCUUCAGCAUCCUCGUCAUCUGCGGGCAGCGCAGGGGAUGAGGACCCGACCUCUUUCAUUGACCGGAAUCCUAUCUACCACUUCAAUGCCCGCGGGCAUUACCGAACUCAGUCCGCGGAGGAUGCCCGGCGGCAGGAGCGGCGAUCGAGAGAGAUGAGUGCCUUGAACGAACAGUACAUCGGCCGUGCAGGUGAUUUUGCGCUGCGCUUCGUGAUCGUAUGUGGAAUUCUACUGGGUGCGGGGCCAUGACUGGCUGGCUUCGCUGGCCGACCACCUCCAAAUCCGGCUCGUCAAGCCGGCGGAAGGAGGGCUAGAGUCUUCCAACGAUGGAUAGUGCGACAUCGAAGUCGCACUUGUUAUGGGACUGUGUGCAUUGUGAGAGUUUUUUACUCAUCAUAUAUAUACUUUCGAGGCGCCUUGAUAAUGGCCUCGAGACAGCGCGCGAUAUCUUUUUGUACAGUAUAGCAUAGAUCUACGCAAGGGAAUGAGCUCCACAAGCUUUGGACGUCAAACAAAUGAAAUUCGGAC